AUGGCGAUGUUGUUGUGGAGGUUGUGUGUACACCCUCACGCCUCGAGCCAUGCCCUAAGUUGAGCAUUCCCCUUCUCAUUCUAUUCUUUUUCUCAUUCUGUUGCAGGAGGCACUUUAUUCCUCUGCUUCAUUAGUUCAUACCUUUCAUACCCAUUAUCGCCGGUGUCGUGGGGCUUUCCAGUCGAAGCAAUGGCUCAUUUCUACCAAGGCGCCAGUAGGCCUGCGGAAGACGUGGGGUAUCCCGUCAUGAGUGAAACGAGGGAAUCGUCAAACGAAUAUGAUCCUCAUCUGGAGAAGGGCAUGCUUCCCGAAGUCGAAUGGAAGCCCAGCAGUAAGGAGUACGCCGUCAUGGCCACUCUUGCCAUUAUCUCCUUGAUGGUGGCACUGGAUGCGACCAUUCUGGUCUCGGUAUUGCCCACAUUGGCCGUUGAUCUUAACGGUACCGCAACAGAUGCAUUCUGGGCCGGGACUUCCUACCUGUUGACAUCGGCCGUCUGCCAACCCUUUAUUGCUGCGCUGUCCGACAUCUUUGGGAGAAAGGAGCUGCUCCUCGUGUCAAUAUUUCUUUUUACCUUGGGGACCCUUCUCUGCGCCCCCGUUGCUCGGACCUUCACCGUGUUCUUCGUCGGGCGCUCCAUCCAGGGAAUUGGUGGUGGUGGCAUCAUCACCCUGGGCCAAGUUAUUUUCGCCGAUAUUGUUCCCCUCCGCCAACGCCCCAAGUUCUUCGCUCUGGUUCAAAUCUCCUGGGCAUUGGGGAGCGUGCUCGGACCGUUGAUUGGGGGUUUAUUUGUUGAACACGCCACUUGGGCCUGGUGCUUCUACAUUAAUUUCCCAUUCUGCGCCAUCGGUCUUAUUCUCGUCCCAAUUUAUGUCAAGCUCACCACGGUCAAGUCGUCCCUGGUUUCCAAACUUGCCCGUGUCGACUGGAUCGGUGGAUUCCUCUUCAUCGGUGGCCUUACCAGUUUCCUCGUUGGUAUUUCAUGGGGUGGUGUUCAGUAUGCGUGGGGAAGUGUCCAGACCAUCGGCCCAAUUAUAGUUGGGACCGCCGGCGUCGUCCUAGCCAUCGUUUGGGAGAUUUACGGAGCCCGAGAGCCAUUUCUACGCCCAUCCCUAUUCAGGUCAGGUUCGGCCCUCGCCACAUACGUCUGUGCUCUGUUCCAAGGCUUCAUUCUCUUCUGUGCGCUCUACUACGUCCCCUUCUAUUUCACUGCAGUCAAGUUCGAAUCGCCGGUACAAGCCGGCUUGGACAUAUUCCCGGCCACUUGCGUUCUACUUCCUAGCAGUAUCGUCACCUCGCUAAUCACGACUCGCAUGGGCCGCUACCGGUGGGCGAUCUGGAGCGGAUGGGUUAUCACGGCCAUUGGCUGUGGCCUCCUUGUCCUGCUCGACGCCGACACGGAGACGGCUGCUUGGGCUACUAUUCUCAUCGUCUUUGGGAUCGGCCACGGCAUGCUUCUUACCAGUCUCAACAUUGGCAUCCAGGCGGUGAGCAACGUUGAAGACGCCGGGCGCGCUGCAGCCAUGUAUGCGUUCAUGCGUGCUCUCGGCAUGUCCAUUGGUGUGGCCGUCGGCGGGUCUGUGUUCCUGAACGUGAUGAUCAACGAGCUUGCCGAGCUGGGUCUGCCUGAGAGCAUCGCGCACAAUUCCGAGGUCUAUGUCGAGGCACUGUCCCAAAUGGAUCCGGAGGAUCCCGUCCGCAUCGCUUCGUUGCAAGCCUAUGUCACGGGCUUUCAAGGAGUCUACUGGACAAUUACCGCAACUGCCAUCGCUUCCUUCUUCAUCAGUUUGGUGAUCAAACGGUUCAGCAUGGACAAAGGUCUUCAGUCCGACUUCACGCUUGAAGGGGGGCGAGCAGUGAAAGCGCCUCUCAUGGCUUCUUCUUCUUCAACCAUGGUGCCCCCAGCGAACUACUCGCACCCCGGUAGCAACGGCACUCAUUCCAGCAAUUACACACAAUCCGCCUUCGGGGCUGACAGCCCAUACUCAAGCGCCAACGCCUCGCAAGUUUCGCAGAUGGGAUGGCAAACACGCGAUAACGUGGCCUACGACAACACGACAGGGUUGGCAAGGCGAGAUUCCAUUGUUGCCUACUACAUCCAGCCCGGCGGCAGGAUAGUAUCAGUAAACCUACACCCCAACGCCAGGCGCAGUGGUGAGAUGGGAUCAACCAGCGACCUCGGGAUGCAGCAUUUCGGCGCAGCCACUAACGUGGAUGGGAGGUAUGACCCGAGUUCUGAAUCGUUGCUUCAGGAAGUUCGGGCGGGGGAUCAGUUGGGACCUUACCCGGCUGAAUAUGAGGCCGGUAUUACGAACGUCACACCGGCAUGGAUCCCCACGAGGUAGAGGUGGUGUUACAGCGGGCGCAAGACGGGCGGGAAGGAUAGAUUGGGGGAAGGGUUGUACAAAUGGGCGGGAAAAGUGCGUCGUUAUC